CGCCCCCCGUGUGACAUCAGAGACCACACACCCCCAGGAUCCAGUGACGCCAUCCGAGCGCCGGCUGGGGAGAGAAAACCGGCUGCUGCCGGCCAGGACAGUGACAGAUCGGGAGCCGGGCCGGGACACCCGAACCACCCCUGCCGGGAGGAGGAUGCUGGUCUGACCCAGAGAGAGCGGCCGGAAGGGACAUGGCUCAGAGCAAGGACACCCUGCUGCACCUGCUGGCCGGAGGGUGAGGAUCGGGGGAGGGAGGGGGGCACUAUGGGACACAUGGCCCCCGGCUAACAACCCAGGCAGGGACCCCCAACCCCCCGGCCAACCCAGCAGGGACCCCCAACCCCCUGCUACAACCCAGGCGGGACCCCAAUGGCUAACGCCCAGGCAGGGGACCCCCAAUCCCCAGGGCUAUACCCAGGCAGGGACCCCCAACACCCCAGGCCUAACCAGACAGGGGACCCCCCCUCCCUUUAACCAGCUACUUUACCAUGACAGGGUCUCCCCAAUAUUAAGCUAUUUUGGGCCCCAGCAGUGACCCCUUUACCCUUCAAUGACUCCCAAACAUGUGCCUCUCUCUCCCCUUUUAAGGACCCCAGGCAUGUGUCCCCAGCAAUGGCCUUUGUACCCUUCAGGGGACCCCAGAUAUGUGUCUCAAGCUAUUUUAUACUUGAGGGGUCAGUCCAAGAUCUCAUUAUAUUGGGGAAGCAUAGAUUAUUUAUCUUUGUUGUUAUAAUUAAAUUAGUACAUGAAUCCAAAGUUUAUGUAAUUGUUUACACUAAGGUGUAUUUACUGAUCUGGGAAUUUUUGAGGGAAUUGUAUAUUUUUAGGCCCAGUAUCCCUGAUUAUUUCUCUGAAAUUCCAAGUUUAGUAAAUAUCCCUGACACUGUCUGUAUGUGAGAGAAUUCUAAAUGGUUAUCGUGUGUGAUUUGGGAAUUUGUCAUGGAGAUAUUUUGGAGACACCCAUAAACCGUUAGAUUAAAGGACCACUCUAGGCACCCAGACCACUUAAGCUUAAUGAAGUGGUCUGGGUCCCAGGAUCAGCUAGGGUUAACCCAUUUUUUCAUAAACAUAGCAGUUUCACAGUGAGAGCACGCCAGUGUCCAUAGGAAAGCAUUAUGAAUGCUUUCCUAUGUGACCGGCUGAAUGCGCGCGCAGCUCUUGCUGCGCGUGCGCAUUCAGCCGACGGGGAGGAAAAGAGGAGGAUCGGAGGAGGAGAGCUCUCCGCCCAGCGCCUUUUCCCCUUUCCAGAGCCGGGCGGGAGGGGGUCCCUGAGGGUGGGGGCACCCUCAGGGCACUAAAGGGCCAGGAAAACUAGUGUUUUCCUGGCACUAUAGUGGUCCUUUAAAAUAACAUUUAAAUAUGUGUCCUUAUUUCUCCCAAAAAAAAAAAAGUAUUUAUAAAAAUAAACAGUCAAGCGUUUAAUGCAGUGUUUUCAGAAUACUUAAAUGGCAUCAAUCCAGUUGCAAGUCCAGCGUUAUAUAUAUUGUAUAUUUGUUUGUUUUGAAAGUCAUAAAAUAUUUGUUUUAUUAAACCCCUGCUGCUACAUUCUGCUCAGUCUUGGACACCAUGGGGGGUGGGGGGUGUAACCUGCCAAGUUGAAUGUAGUGCUGUGGGUUUAAUAAACAAGUUACAAUAUUUAUAAAGAUGUUCUUUUACAUGCAUGUUAACACAAGGCAUAAAAAAAAUUAAAAAAUAAAGGAACCACUAACUGAGUGAAAUGAAGCCAGUCCAUUCAGCUGUUAUGGAGACAGUAGCAGUCGGCUGCUUUAAUUGCUAUCUCUGUCUCCUAAGUGCAGUCAGGCGCUGCUUCCCAUAGGAACCAUCGUUGCUGAUGUGCAUGUUUGCUUCUUCCGAAAGAUGCAGCAGAUCCCGUUCCAUUUUCCUGUUGACACACACGCAAUAACACCAUGCAGGGCACCAAGAUUUGUAUUUAACAGGACGGUGUGGUCUUGAUGAAUUACGGAAAUAAUUUAUGGAGAUCUUGUUCCCCCUUUGAAUUACAAGAAUUGCUAAUAUCGAGCAAGUGACGUGAGAUGUACAUUUGUUCAUUCUUAUUUUCCAUUUUAGAGGAGUUUAUUCUGUGUGUAGGAAAUGUGUGAAACAAUACUGGUUUGUUUUAAGUUUGCUCUUUACAAAGUUUGCUUGUGAUAACCGAAUAUGAAACCGAACAGUUAUGGUUACUAUGUGUAGUGAAAAUGCAGCUUUUAAAUUAUUGCUCCUGUAAUUAUUUUAACACUCCAACUCCUGAAAGCCAUUCACAGUUAGGAUCACCAGCGAAAGAAAAUAUACAGACAAUAAAUUGGAAUUAACACUUUACCAAACUUAAUUCUGCAUCCCACCCACCCCUUUUAUUUAUUUUUAUUUUGUGAAUGGUUUUACAUUUUGCUAGCUUGGCAGUCCAAGGCAUAUGAUGCAAAUUAGCUUGGCUCCUGGAACUAAUGCAUGAGUGCUCAUGCACUUCUACAUGGGCUUUUUAAAUAGUCGAAAGUAUUACCAGUGUAUAGUAUGGAAAUGUCUGCGCCAGAAUGAGCUGAGAAGGCAAAUAGUAUUUUUAAUUCUUACCUGCGCUACACGCUUUAUUGGCGUGCUGGAUUGAAAAUAUCUCUAGUAAAGCUCCCUCCCAAAAGGGGCACUGAUAGACCCCAAAAUAGCUAUACACCUAUUACCAAUAGGUAAUGCGCACUAUAUUAUUAUUAUUAGUAGUAGUAGUAGUAGUAGUAGUAGUAGUAGUAGUAGUAAUAAUAUAGUGCCCAUUACCCUUUUAGAAUUUUUUUUAAAUCCAAUUAAAGGACCACUAUAGUGCCCUGAGGGUGCCCCGACCCUCAGGGACCCCCUCCCGCCCGGCUCUGGAAAGGGGUAUAAACUUACCUUUUUCCAGCGCUGGGCGGGGAGCUCUCCUCCUCCGAGCCUCCUUCUCUCCUCCCCGUCGGCUGCAUGCGCGGCAAGAGCUGCGCGCGCAUUCAGCAGGUCACAUAGGAAAGCAUUCAUAAUGCUUUCCUUUGGACGCUUGCGUGCUCUCACUGUGAAAAUCACAGUGAGAAGCACGCAAGUGCCUCUAGCGGCUGUCAAUGAGACAGCCACUAGAGGAUUAGGGGGAAGGCUUAACCCAUUAAUAAACAUAGCCGUUUCUCUGAAACGGCUAUGUUUAUGAAAAAAUGGGUUAACCCUAGAAGGACCAGGCACUCAGACCACUUCAUUAAGCUGAAGUGGUCUGGGUGCCUAGAGUGGUCCUUUAAUGGGGGUAGCGCUAACUGGGUUGAUGUGCACCCCAGUAGCUGCAGGAGAACAAGGCUGGGAGUCGUAGACUGCACUAUAGCGUUUGCUACUUAGCUCCCAAACAUCUCCGCAUCUAUUCUAAACCAACAUUUUGUAAGCCAUAAACCAAGUUUAGCUUGUUGCAGGAAAAAAAACGAGCAACCUAGCAAUUAUAAGUUGCCACUAUACUAUUUAUACAGAUCAGAUAAUGGCUUUUAAAACGCACAGUAUAAAUAAUCACAUUCUGCACAAUGUGUCCCUGUGGUUAUAUAAUUGUUUGCUGUCCGAGCUCCAGCGGGGAGAGGGCUGUUACAUAACCUCCCAUUAUUGUUGCUGUUUAGAAGACCCGAGGUGACUCUGACAAUGCUCCAUUUAGCAGCAUCUGUCCACAUUUCCUGCCUAGCUUUUGAUCUGCUGUGUCAGCCCCGAAAUAAUCCAGUGCAUUUCAAACUGAGAAUAUAAGAUGUUUGACUAUGCAGCAUGCAAUGGGUUUAUUUCAAUGCUUUUAAAUAGAACUUCUAAAAAAAAAUAACAAAACCACAUUUUCUCAGCUGGAAUUUAGGCCCACGCAUUUCCCAUCUGAUGAUUUGUAAAACCCUGUGGAAUAUGUUGGAGCUAUAUAAAUGAUGAUGGUAAUUAAUAAUACUUAAAGGGACACUAUAAUCACCCAGAACACUUCAGCUCCAUGAAGUGGUCUGGGUGCCAGGUCCCUCAAGAUUAACCUUUCACGUGUAAACAUAGCAGUUUCAGAGAAACUAUUUACAUAGCAGGGUUAAUCCAACCUCUAGUGGCUGCCUUCCUGACAGCUGCUAGAGGCGCUUCUGCGACGCUGGAUGUGAAAUUCGCAUCCAGCGUGCAGAACGUCCAUAGGAAGACAUUGAGAAAUGCUUUCCUAUGGACUGCUAGAAUCCCCACUUGGGAGCUGGCGGGGGCAGAGAGAUCUUCAGCGCCGAGGGAGCACGGCGCUGGAUUAAGGUAAGCUGCUGAAGGGGUUUUAACCCCAUCAGCGCCACAGGAGGGGGGAACCCUGAGGGUGAGGGUCCCCCAAGGAUGACAUAGUGUCAGGAAAACGGGUUUGUGAUCCUUUAAGUUUUAUUGGGCUCUCUAAACAAAAAUUCUGCUUACUGUGUGGAAUCUUUUUAAAUUUACUUCUGUGUUCAAAUUUAUUACUUCGAAGCAUCAAGCCUGUCUAAAACCCAAUUUUCAGAUUAAAAAGGGGAGGGAAGGUGGUCUCAUUUCACUUUCUGAAGUUUGUGUUGCAUCAGGCUCCUCUUUUCUAUUUUUCCUGGAAACUUGGUGUACAAUCAGAUUGCCUAUUAAGCGUGACUGACUGCAGAGAUGGUGCAACGUUGCAUCAUUACCUGAAACCUCCGUACUAGUUAUGCAGCAUAAACUGGAAUGUCCAGGAAUUUCUAGACAAUCUUAAUCAUGUGGGCUGAAAAGGAAGUUCUAUACCAAAAUUGACUAAUAGACGUUUGAUUUCUCUCUUCUGUAUUACUUUUUGCAAUCGGUAAACCCAUCUUUGGAACAUUUAAUUACAUAAAAGGAAUCAACACAGUAAAGGAGGAGACUAUAUUUAAAAGAAGAAAAACUACCACAACAAGAGGACAUAGUCUUAAAUUAGAGGGACAAAGGUUUAAAAAUAAUAUCAGGAAGUAUUACUUUACUGAGAGGGUAGUGGAUGCAUGGAAUAGCCUUCCAGCUGAAGUGGUAGAGGUUAACACAGUAAAGGAGUUUAAGCAUGCGAAGGAUAGGCAUAAGGCUAUCCUAACUGUAAGAUAAGGCCAGGGACUAAUGAAAGUAUUUAGAAAAUUGGGCAGACUAGAUGGGCCGAAUGGUUCUUAUCUGCCGUCACAUUCUAUGUUUCUAUGUGUGUGGAUACAUCCGAUCAUUCAAACACCAGCACAACAUACAAGCACACUCCUGCAAUCAAACACAAAUAUUAAAAACACACCCCUGUAUUAAAACACAAUAACUAUAUACAAGCACCCCUUCAAACACCAACACUGUACAUUACACUAUAGUGCCAGUAAAUGCUGCAGCGCUGUACAGAUAUACAACCUAGAUAUUUUGACUUGGGGUGCCUUGGAAAAAUACUGAAAUAUUAAGGGCGCCUUGAACUUAAGUUUAGGAACCACUGGGUUAGCACUUUGAAUUGACUCCUAUAGGAUACAGGAAGCCAAUAUGAGGACUGACAGGGGUGAGGUGUGAGAGGACCGACUAGAGAGGAAAAUCAGUCUGGCGGCAGCAUUCAUUACAGACUGUAGCAGGGCAAUACGGCUUUUGGGAAGACCAAUCAGGAAAGGGUUACAAUAAUCCAUGCAGGAAAUUACUAGAGCAUGGACAAGCUCCUUGGUAGCAUCUUGCGUAAGAAAGGGACGGAUUAUGCAGGCUAUGUUUUUAAGAUGGAAUCUACGGGAUUUGGCAACAUACUGGAUGUGAGGUUCAACGGUGAGGCCAGAAUCAAGUAUGACGCCAAGACAGCGCGCUUUCAGGGAUGGACUUAUGUGGAUACCAUUAACUUGAAUGGAGAGCGAGAGUGGAGGAUCAGUAUUGGGAGUAGGAAAGACAAGGAGCUCAGUUUUAGAGAGAUUGAGUUUCAGAGAGCAGUAGGACAUCCAGUCCGAGAUGGAAGAAAGGCAAGCAGCGACCUGUUGCAGGACGGCAGGGAAGAGGUCCGGGGAGGAGAGAGAGAGAUAUCUGGGUGUCAUCAGAGUACAGGUGGUAUUGGACUCCAAAAGAGGUAAUAACUCUGCCAAGAGAGGCAGUAUGAAAUAAUGAAAGUGUUUAGAAAAUUGGACAGACUAGAUGGGCCGAAUGGUUCUUAUCUACCGUCGCAUUCUAUGUAAUUCUGCCUCCCUGUAUUCAUCCAAAUAAUUUUCAGCUUGGUUGGGGUUCAGUCAUUAAACUGUGAUUAAAUCAGUCAUUAAUUGGCAGAGGAGCUGCAGAAAAUUGACAAAUGGCAACUUAUGCCAAAAUAUUCGCACUGUAAAAAUCACGUAGGGGUUCUUUUGCAAGCGCGUUUCACCAGAAGGGCUAUUAGGAAUUGUAGUGCACCUGAAUAUUUGUGACUGUGUUUUAAUCUGUGAUUAGAAUUUAGCCUGACCUUGAUUUUGUUUUAGUGAAAUAUCUAUUAUCCAUUACUAAGUGGAUUGAGGAAUUAGGAGCAAGGGUUUUUCAAUAUUAUUAAUAAGGUCAUUUCCCCGGGCUCUGCCAAGUGUGUGACUAAGUUAUUAAAAUAAAUCACACCCUCCUGCCCUUUGGAUCUAUAUUCAGCACAUUCAAAGGUCGCAGGGUCUGAUGUGCACAGUCUAUGGAGUCAUGUGAUGGGAAGCAGCCUUUCUGUACUUUGUUUAUUUUCAUCCACCAUGUUGCUAUCUGGCAGUGCUGUGGGCAUGAGUGCCACAUGGUGUGCUCGGCACUAUACCAAAGCAGCGCUGUGAGGUUCCAGCAGCUACAGCACUCCCUGAAGGUAUCAUUUCAAGCAUUAAAAAUCCACAAGUGAUGUUGGGCUGGGCAGUGUUAAAGGAACAGGUGACAUCGAGACCUAAAGCUAAUAAUACUCACUGGAUUGUUUAUUUAAAUGUAUAGGAUACAGCUCAUCGCGCACGUAAUAAGUGGUGGGGAGGUGAACGGAUGCCGACAUCCCUAUCUGCUGGAGGUUAGGCAGGUGUGGCGUGUAUCAUUGCCUUUAUUUUAAAAGAUUAUGUUUCAGAUGUUGAAUGUUUUUCCAUAAUGCUUCAUUAGAUGCAUUGAUGAAUGCUGUUUUUGAUAUCAUGCAUGUAUCACUAUUUACAAUUAUUAAUUUUUUUAAUUCAAUGUGCACAGUAAAAGAAAAUAGAACGGGCUCUUUUUGUGAGCUAUUAUCUGUUUUAGUGGAUUAGGUGUUCUAGCACUCUUUCGUUAUUUCUGAACCAGAUUUAAAUUCUAUUUAAUACAGGGCACGAUCAAUCCAUUAUGUCAGACCAGAAUGUCAAAAUGGAGUCUAAAAUGGUGAUUCUAUGCAAAUACUCUAGGUCAGAGAUAGGCAACCUUCGGCACACCGGAUGUUGUGGACUACAUCCCCCAUAAUGCUCUUACACUCAUAAUGCUGGCAAAGCAUCAUGGAAGGUCUAGUCCAAAACAUCUGAAGUGCUGAAGGUUGUCUAUGCCUGUUCUAGGUCACGGACAUCUCACAGGCAUCUGUUUUAAACCGCUUUCAAUUAAUCAAUAUUCUGGUUCUGCCAUUUCUGUAGGAAUGCAUAUUAUUGUAUGUGUUCUCUGCAGGGCCGGCCCAAGACCUUUGUGCUGCCUGUGUUGAAGGAUGAAAUGCUGCACCCCCAACCAAAACUACGCUCACCAAACCACGCCCACAUUCAUUACGUACGGCCCUUUUAUGUACCAUUCUUUCUUUCCCCAUUGUGCCCCUACUUACAUCCCUUUAUGUAGUGUGGCUGAGCGGAUUGCGGUACCCAGACUGACGGGAAGCUGUUCAGUUCUAUCACUGACCACUUCCUGUUAGACUGGGUAGAGGAUAAAGACCCUCUACUGCAGCGUGGUCUUCUUGGCCACACUACAUGAAGUGACCGGCAGGAGGCAGAGCACUGCCUUUUUUCCUCCUGUCGGUCACUCAGAGCCUGAAUAUCCCUGGUACGGUCAUCCCGGCCAGCAUGUGUCAUGUGGAGGCGCUCCAGACAGCCAGUAAAGCUGCUGAGAGCGCAGCUCUAUCUAUUUGAAGCCCAGGCAAAUCACCCAUUGGGUAUAGCGAAACAUGGGGAGGUCAGAAACAAUUUAGGGGGCAUCUGCUUUCUUUAGCUGCGUCCAAUUGUGGGAAGGGUGAUAAGCAGCCUAGGAACAUGCUUUGACAGGAGCAAGGUCAACAUACUGCUUCUGUGAGUGCCACCUGGGGCCUAUGGACUGGCCGUCUUUGGUCAUCUGUAUCUUUGUAUUGCGCUAGGAUUUUUUUUACUGAAACUUAAGUGCAUUGUAUGGAUGUUUUUCCUAAUGGAUUUUUAUAUUGUGCAGGUAACCAGUAGCAUUGUCCAUGGCUUUCUGUCCUUUUCCUGAUUCCUAUAAUCUGAAAUGACUUCAUUCUACCUGCUGAGAUAUAUUCAGUGGCAAUUUCAUGUCUAAUCACUGGAAAGGGGGUUUGUGUCUUAGGUUCCAUGUCUAUUGGAGGGAUAUCAUCUUUGAAGAUUCAUUUUCAAGAGAUAUAUAAUUUUUUUAAUAUAUUUUUUUUUAAAUACAACGACUACUUCUACCACUUAUCUAAUAAUUGAAAUGUUGGCCGCAAAACGUUUAAUGACCUACUUUUCAGAUCUCAUCCAAUCCUAGUGAACCAAUUAUUUAAUUGCCUUUUCAGAACCCCCCCAAAUCUAUCAGCCAAGGCUUCUGUCAGCUCCUAGGAAUCUCUGUGCCAUCACACACAGUGCUUUUGUGCUGUGCUGAGCAUGCAUGGGUAAUUAGCACUGAGCCUGGCUACAUAUAUUUGUUUGAGAACAAAUCACGCUGGAUGAGCUGACCAGGAUAGCUGUUGAUGCAAAAGUCGUGUCUGACGCAAGCCAUGUUCCAGAGAAUGCUUUUAUAGUUGAAGGCUUGUGCUGUGUACGCAUAGUGUAACUAAGCAAUGAUUUUUGUAGUGCUGGCAACUUCCUGUUACCUCAUUGUCUUUCCAUAAAUGAAUCUAAAACAUUGCUAAUAACGAAUACAUAUUCUAACCUAGCUUUAGUAAAUCUAGGUGACCUAGUGGGUUUUUUUCAAUGGGAGUUAAGAAUUUUAUGGCAAGACAGGAGGCUUCAUAUUUGCUUAUCUCCCUUUACUGUAACUCCCAGCAGCAAAGAAACAGUUAACAAUGUUGUAUGAAAAAUUCAACCAAUCAUAACACAUUACAGGAACAAUAUAAUGCCACCAGACUCCUCCCAGGUGAGUCUACUCCAAUUACAUUGUCUUACUAGUUUAAGUUUUUUUUUAUAUAUUUUAUUUAUAUUUUGUAAUUUGCAACAUCUACUUCACCUCAGCAAACUUUGUUUUUUAAUUUGUCACCUCUUUUCCUACACACAUCCUCAUUUCUCAUUUAUUUGCAUACUUUAUUCAGUUUAGUGUUUUUCCCCUUUAAAUAUUUCCUUCACUUGUUUUUCUUCACAUAUCUAUCCUUAACCGUUUGGUUCCCCCUUUAAAAUUUGGCGCCACUCCGUGUUUGCACAUACAGUUUUCUUUGAAUCUUCAGCUUCAGUCAGCUGGCCGCGGCUCUCUCCUCUGAGGCAGAGCCGCGGCCCAUUCUCGUCUCUCAUCGGCCGCGGACUCCAUUUCCCAUGAGCCCGUGGCUGCAGUUUCCCGCCUUACUCUCCUCCCGCCUACUCGCGUCUCCCUUGUGACACGUUUUUUCCCGCCUUUUCAACGGCGGCGAUCUCGUGGCGGCCAUUUUUUCAGCCCCAGUGUUCCAUCCAGCGAAUCCUGUAAGCACUAUCACGCCAAGACUUCAUUCAAACUUGUGGGUACAUUUAUUGCCUAGCUUGGUAGGUUGCUGCCUUUUCUGACUCCACCUCAUUUCAUAUGCGCAUCUCAGUUAAACGAUCAGUAUACUGAUCUGUUUCUCAUCUGUUUUUUUGCAGGCUUUGCUCCACACAAAGGACCAAGCUGCUGCAAUCUGGGUGAACCCCUCUCCCUAAUUUUGUAUGAUUUGUAGUGUGGUUGACAUUGUAUUACUAAUAUAAUUUGCCAAACCUUGUGUGUGGCUGACCAUUCUUCCCUGUUGUGGGUGAACCCCACUUACAUAUUUAAUACACAAACUGUGUAAAAUAUCUAUGUGGCUGACACCACCUACUGAACACACUACUGUGUGGCUGACACCACCUGAUUUAUUUUGUGGGUGACCCCCAUUCUCUCACUGUACAUACUUUGUAUAUAUUUUAUUGCUGUUUUUCUAGUGGGUGAUCCCCACCUCAUUGACUGUACAAUAUCUAUAUUGUCCACCAUCUGUCUAAUAGGGUGACCCUCUAUUAAUUGCCCUUUAAUAUUUAAAAUUUUGCCAAGCAUUUAUGGGUGACCCCCACCUUUCAUAUAUUAUAAUUGAGUGGAAAUAUAUUAAUGGGUUCCACUGGUAAUGGUUUAGUCCUCAAGGGACAAACCUCCAGUGGAUUCCAAAAAACACCUAAACGGACACUCCAGGGAUGUCCUGGGGCAUAACCCCUAAAUAGACAAAAAAAUCAAAGUCGAAUCACUGGAAAACCAGUGAUUUGAGCAUAUACUGGAACUAUAAUGUGGAAUAGUAAAUAGUAUAAUUAUGCUAAUACCAAAAUAUAUACAACAGAACCUCUUGUCCAAAUUAUAAAGUCAUCCCAAUGUGGUAAAAGUGAAAUCAGCCUGUUGGGCAAAACCUCCCUGGUACUAAUCCGUGGCUACAAUGUACUAUAGACUACUGACUUUAUUUGUACUUGAUUAGUCAAAGUCUGGAUAUACCGUAUAUACUCGAGUAUAAGCCGAGUUUUUCAGCACAUUUUUUGUGCUGAAAAACCCCGACUCAGCUUAUACUCGAGUCAGUGUCUGUACUAUGGCAAUUUACAUUGCCAUAAUACAGACUGGGGGGCUGGCAGAGCUGUUACUUACCUCUCCUGCAGCUCCUGUCAGCUCUCUCCUCCUCCGCGCCGGUCCGGUCAGCACCUCGGUCAGCUCCCAGUGUAAGUCUCGCGAGAGCCGCGGGGUCAUAGUGCGGCUCUCGCGAGACUUACAGUGGGAGCUGAGAGAAGAGCUGCGCGGACCGGCGUGGGGGAGGAGAGAGCUUGCAGGAGAGGUAAGUAACAGCUCUGCCAGCCCCCCUCAUCCCCCCACUGAACUGCCAGUGCCACUGGACCAUCAGGGAAGGAGAGCCCCCCUCCUUGCCAUGUAUCAAGCAGGGAGGGGGGGACGAAAAUAAAUACAUUAAUAUAUAAAUAAUAAUUAAAAAAAAAAUAAUAUAACGAAAAAAUUAAAAUAUUAAUUAAUAAUAUAUAAAUAUAAAUAAAAAAAUAAUUAAAAAAAUAAUAUAACCAAAACAAUUUAAAUAAUAAAUAAUAAUAUUAUUAUUAUUUUUUUUUUAUAAAAAUGCCCAUCCCCCACCAAGGCUCUGCAUCACACACACACACACACACACACACUGCACUCAUAUACACACACUGCAUUUAUACACACACUGCGCACUCAUACACACACACUGCAUCACAUACACACACACUGCAUCACACACACACACACUGCAUCACACACACACACACUGCACUCAUACACACACACACUGCACUCAUACACACACACACUGCAUUCAUACACACACUGCAUUCAUACACACACUGCGCACUCACACAUACACUGCAUUCAUAUACACACACUGCACUCAUACACACACUGCAUUUAUACACACACUGCGCACUCAUACACACACUGCAUUCAUCAUAUACACACACUGUAAAUAAAUAUUCAAUUAAUAUAAUUUUUUUAGGAUCUAAUUUUAUUUAGAAAUUUACCAGUAGCUGCUGCAUUUCCCACCCUAGUCUUAUACUCGAGUCAAUAAGUUUUCCCAGUUUUUUGGGGUAAAAUUAGGGGCCUCGGCUUAUAUUCGGGUCGGCUUAUACUCGAGUAUAUACGGUAGUAAUAAAUACUUGUCAUUAAAGUCACGGAAAAAAGUGCCUAAUUCCAAACGUACUGCCUGUUAACAUCAGUAUCGUCAUACAGACAGUAUAACAAUAAUGUAUCAAUUUCUAAGUUCGAGAGUAUCUAAAUCUCCAUAUGUAACUAAAUAGCUUGUAUGGAGCCCUGUGCUCACUGAAACUGCUGUGGUAGCAAUAACUAAAUAAUUAAGCGAGAAAGAUAACUCUCAAACUAAUAUGAUGAAGUCAAAUGAACUAAUAGUGGUAAUUGAUAUCUAUAGUGUGAUUCACAUGAUACUUGAUAAAAAAGUGGAAUUAGGACAGAAAAGGAGGUUAGAAAAAUAUAGAAGUGCUAAUGUGCAGAACCAUACUUAGUGUUGGUUGCCUGCACAUAGUGAAAGUGCCCUGUGAUAGAGUGAAUAAGAGAAGAAACGGAAAACCCGACGCGCGUUUCGGUGCUUGCAUGCACCUUCGUCAGGGGCCUCAUCUUUAAUUUUUUUUUUUUUUUUUUUAUUAUAAUUGAGUGGCCUCAUCUUAAUUAACAACCCUACAGUUUGCAUAUAUUACUGAGACGCAUUAUGUCAGACCGCCAAGACCCUGCCAUCUCUGCCGAACUUAAGGAAUGGCUUUUCUCCACUAUCGCGGAGUCCAUUCCUAAGGCUUUGGCAGCCUACCAUGAACGUACCAUAGAGGUGCACCCCUCUACACGACAACCCUCUGAUUCUGAAGGUUCCCAUAUAUCCGAUCAAGACAGCGCCCCGCGCAAGAGACCCUGGAAAGGGAAUAGCGCUACUGCGGGCAAAGGCAAAGCUCCUGCCAAGGUCAUUAAACAUUCUCACCCAUACAUUACGCAGGAUGCUGCAGACCCUCUAGAGGGUUCUACUUCACGUUUGACUGGCCAUAUUUUAAGUGAUUAUGACCCCAACUACUCUGAUGAGGAUCCCAUGGUGAAUGCGCCCCAGGAUUCCUCAACAUCGGAGUUCGUAAAAGAAACCUUCCCGGGUCAGGAUUCCAAGAGUAUCCCUCCAUCUAAAGUGCCUGACUCAGACACCCUCCUGGAUGCCUUGGGCCUUCCCUUUUUUGACCCAAGGGUGAUUCGUCACCCGCGCUCAGCAGAAUGGGCUCCCCCGGACCAUAUUGCUAAUUUCUGUAAAAUGUGGCUUCGCAAGCCCCUCGAAAAGGAAAUAAGAAACAAACUAAGGGCUGAAUGCCCGAGACCAACUAUUCCAGGCAAAGUUGCCUCUACCCCUGAAUUCGACCCCAUGCUUGUCACCUACUUGACGAAAUCCGGUAAAGACCCUCGUAAGGGUAUUGAGCAGGGUUUGAAAGCGACCCAAGACAAACUAUUGGACAUUUCAGGUCCUAUAAUUCAAAUAUUUAUAUUAGUAGAUGAGGCACUCACUAGCGGUGAAUUUGAUCCGCACAUUAUCAGAGAAUGGGCACAGAGAGCCCUAUGCUUAUUGGGCAACGCCAAUGUGGCUAUUUCGAUUGAGAGACGCAAAGCGGCACUUUAUAAAAUCGAUGCCAAAUUGGUAGACUUGAAGACUAAGGAACUAGGCCCAGAGGCCGAUGGUCUACUGUUUGGUAACAGUUUCAUACGAGACCUCUCCAAGCAUGUAUCGGUCUUUACCACACUCAAAGCCCAGUCCUCCCUACAUAGGGUUUUCCGCUCCCAAACUCAUCGUUUUUCUGGGAGAGCUGGUCGCUCCAGGGGCCGAGCUACCAGUAGAGCAGCCUUUACAGGCUACAGGCCCCGACCCACAGUUUAUUGGUCCACAGGAUAUACACGACCCUACCACAGACAACUAUUCAGCACCAGAGGCUCGAUACGCGGACGUGGCUCUGCAUCCCUGCGCGGACGCACUGCUUCAGGUAAUGGACCUUACUUAUUUGAAACAUGUACCAAUCGCAGUGGAAACUACUUUCUCAGGAUCUAUGGAUCCUUCAUACAGUCAGAGGUUUCAAAAUAGAUGUUUUCACACACCCAGUGCAACACUCUCCUCCGACAUCUUUGGAGAUGUCAAAAACAGACACUCUAACCUUAAACACAGAACUAAACAAACUAUUACAGAAAGGGGCGAUCAAACCUGCACCUUCCUCAGCAACAUAUUUCUCGUUCGGAAAAAGACGGGAGACCACCGUCCCAUUAUCAACCUCAAAGCAUUGAAUCACUUUAUAACAUACCGUCAUUUCAAGAUGGAAGGUAUCCAUCUUCUCAGAGACUUGCUCUGCGUGGGAGACUGGUUUUCCAGAUUCGACCUCAAGGAUGCUUACCGGACGGUCCCAAUCGCACCAAGACAUCGUGCCUUCCUCCAAUUCCUGUGGCAAGGCGAUAUUUGGCAGUUCACUUGUCUCCCUUUUGGACUUUGCUCCGCCCCUUGGUGUUUCACCAAGUUAAUGAAACCGGUCAUGGCGCUCGUCGUUCUCAGGGAAUACGUUCCAUUAUAUAUUUAGACGAUAUCCUGAUUAUGGCCCAAGACCAAAAAUUACUUCGCAAACACACACACAUGACCUCUGCCCUCCUUCAAAACCUGGGUUUUGUUAUAAAUUGCCAGAAAUCAGAUCUGGAACCAUCUCAGUCCAGUUUCUGGGUUUCCAAAUAGAUUCGGUUCAGGCAACUCUACAGUUGCCCUAUUCCAAAAUCAAAAACAUAAAGAAAGAGAUUCAAAAAUUACUCGGUUCACAACGACCCUGGCUCCGCGACCUAGCUCACAUUCUGGGUCUCCUAUCCGCAUCAAUUCAGGCUAUUUUUCCAGGGCCUUUACACUACAGAGCAAUGCAACGGCUGAAAACCUCCUACUGACAUCGCUCGACCUCUUACGAUCAAUUCAUUUCCCUAACGGACGAAGUUUUCAUCGAACUUCACUGGUGGCUUCGCAAUAUGGAAGCUUGGAAUGGGAAAGCGAUUUUCGGAUCUCAACCAGAUUUUAUUCUGGAAUCCGAUGCCAGCCUCUUAGGUUGGGGUGCUACUUGCACCCAAACAUACACAGGGGGUCUCUGGUCCCCAUCAGAACAGGCACUUCACAUAAAUUGUCUCGAGCUCAUUGCCGGAUCCUUCGCGAUCCGCAGCUUUGCCAAGGAAGUCUCCAACUGCUCUCUGGUACUUCAGAUGGACAACAUCUCCGCAGUACGGUAUGUAAACCGACUCGGAGGUUCCAAAUCGAAACUGUCAGACCUCACCAAGGAUCUAUAUCAGUUCUGCUUAGACUGGAAUCUGUCCAUUCGGGCAGAAUAUCUCCCAGGACCCGACAACUUAGUCGCGGACUGGUUUUCACGUCACUGGAGGGAUGCCAGCGACUGGCAAUUAGACCCUCUCCUAUUCCACCACAUUCACCUAUUGCGGGGACCCCUUACACUCGACCUCUUCGCGUCUCGGCUGAAUCGUCAGACAGACGACUUUUUCAGCUGGUUACCAGACCCUCUAUCUCUGGCAGUCGACGCCUUUCUCCAACCUUGGCCACGGAGCGGAGCCUAUGCCUUCCCUCCUUUCUCAAUGAUUCAGCGGACCCUCCACCGGGUCAAGUCACAAAGGGUCAGGAUUGUGAUAAUUACUCCUCUAUGGCGGGCCCAGACGUGGUUCCCUACUCUCCUGGAACUUUCAACACACUAUCCUGUCCUCAGGAACCCAACGGGCGAUUACCAUCCGCUCGCCUUACAAGGCCAUCUUCAACUGGUAGCCUGGACAGUUUCAGGGGAGCUUGGCAUGUCGCAGGACUUUCAAGCACUGCUCAAACACUCCUGUGGGAUUCAUGGGUUCCAGGGACCAGAUGAACCUACCUCUCCGCAUGGCGACUUUGGGUCAGCUGGUGUCUGGAGAGGGAUCUCGAUCCCAUUUCAUCAUCUCUUCCUUCCAUUCUAAAUUUUUUUUAUCACUUUUCGAUCAGGGUAAAUCAUACCGAUCGAUUUUUAAUAUUUUUCGUUCCGCCAUGUCGGCAGGCCAUGACACUAUUGACAAUUCCUUGGUUGGGAAACACCCUUCCGUGUGCAGACUUUUACGGGGCAUUCGUUUGACGAGGCCUCCCUCUGCCAAAUAGUUCUGGGAUAUAUCUCGAGUCUUUGCGCUGUUGGAGUCCUGGCCUCCUAACGAGGCCUUAUCCCCUCGCCAACUCUCUGCGAAACUGGCCCUGCUACUGUGUCUGGUGUCCUUCCGCAGAGUUUCUGACGUUCAAGCCUUUGACUCACACGCUGUCACCUUCGCACCAGAUGGUGUCAGAUUUACCAUUACUAGGCGCACUAAGACAAAUUCCUCGUCUGUUUUUUACCCGUACUUUCCCGACAGGCCGGCUCUCUGUGUGGCUCUGUGUACCCGUUGUUACACUGAGAACACUGCCGCUCUAUGUUCCCCUACCGGUCCCCUUUUCGUCUCUUACGUUAGACCUCACAAACCGGUCUCUUCCCCCACUAUCGCUCGCUGGAUAAGAUGGUUGCUUACCCAGGCAGGAAUUGAUAGUUCAUUCGGAGCUCACUCCGUUAGGGGGGGUGGCCGCAUCCUCUGCCUUUCGCGCCGGCAGCUCACUGGCGGAUAUUUUGUCCUGCGCAGAUUGGUCAAGGGAAUCUACCUUUCAAACUUUUUAUUUUAAACCAACACAACAUGCGGCUUGUUCCAUUAAUCAAGAGCGUUAAAACAGCAAAUAUGAAGCCUCCUGUCUUGCCAUAAAAUUAGGGAUUAUUCUAGCUUUCAGUGAACGAAUAAUCUAAAUUUUAUUAAAGACAGGAGGUGAAUAUUUUCCCUCCCUUCGUUCACUCUGGAACCCACCCUCAAGGUAAGUCUUCUGAUCCAUGCUUAAUGUAUGAUACUGUCUCUUGCAUCUAAAUUUGCCGGUAUACGAUUUGUUAGACUAGUAGAUAUGAACCUACAUCACAUGGUACUGACAUGUCCUUUUUAACUCUGCCAGAUAAUCUGAGCUAUAGUUAGAAGUAGGGGGUAUCACUAUAUAUAUUUUUCUCUUGUCCAAGAAACCAUACUUUCACAAAGUCUCUCUUCUUCUCUUUUAGUGUGAAGAUCUCAGGUUAUUUCGAUCAACUUCACGUUUGCAUGGUUGACUUCAUUUUGAGUUAAAGCCUCGGAAAAUGUUCCAGUUUACAUGGUUGACUCUGCUAUUGACCGGCAUCACCAAGAAAGAGGAAGUGGGACGAGUCUGAUGACACUAUAUUGUUCCUGUAAUGUGUUAUGAUUGGUUGAAUUCUUCAUACAACAUUGUUAACUGUUUCUUUGCUGCUGGGAGUUACAGUAAAGAAAGAUAAGCAAAUAUUCGCCUCCUGUCUUUAAUAAAAUUUCGAUUAUUCGUUCACUGAAAGCUAGAAUAAUCCCUAAUUGUAUCACGAGUGAAGAGACACACUCUAAGCACCAAACCAAUUCGAGCUUUAAUUAAGUGGUGUAGAUAAUGUCCAUGCAGUCUAUCUGCUCCAUUCUCUUCCAUUUGUAAUCCUGGGUUGUUAUUUAUUUUUUUUAUUUUUUGUGACUGCUGCAUCCAGUCCAUUUCAUGGUGAGGAGAGGAUGUGGUCUGUAUGACUUUAAUGGUCCUUUAAACAUAUUACAAUCUGACUGUGAAUAUUCUAUAGAGGGUAAGAGAGAUGCUUAGUCUGUUUUGCCUCCUGUUUUUUAGAGGUUUUUAUUAUUAUUAUUAUUAUUAUUAUUAUUAUUAUUACACUAUAGUCACCAGAACAACUAACCUCUUAAUGUAGUUGUUCUGGUGAGUAUAGUCUGGUUUAAGAGGAAAACUAUAGGGACCCAGACCACUAUCUCUCUCUCCCCUCCACCAGCAACCCCCCCCACUCCAUAUCUCUCUCCCUCUCUCUCUCCCGGAGUAAAACUCCACUAUUUCCAUCAGUCUCAGACACACCAUCUGUCUGACGCAUUGCGUUUUUUUUUGGGGGGGGGGGUUUUGUGCCACACAUGCACACUAACCUCCCCAAUUCUUUGCAUAGUCCCCUAAAUGGUAAGUAGGGCGCUAUAGCAUUAGUAAUGCAAAUGUUUUUUCUAAUACCUUUUUAGUGUUCCUUUAAGAACUAAUUUUAGAGGUUGUAUUCAUGGGUUUGUAAAUCCUUUAAAAAAAACGUUUUGUCCUUUCCUCCUUGAUUUCUUGUGUCUUUUGCUCCGUGUUCCCCCACACCACUCCCAUUUAUGUACGCUGAUCUGUCUUGUUGCCCUCCCUUCCUUUUUGCUGACUUGUACCAGCUUUUCUAGAUAAUCCAGGGAAAGCUGCUACUAGCACUGGCUCAAGAAAUAAAUAUAUACGUUUUCUUCAGUCCAGAAAUAGGCCCACAGCACGUGGUUUUUCUGCUCAUGCCUACACAUAUACACUGCAGUGUCCAUCAAAGAAAAUUACUGCAUGGUCCCAUAAAAUAGAUAUCGGAUAAUUAUUCUGCUGCUGAGACGUUACUGAGCUUAUAAUAAUGUGUACACCAUUCAUUUUAUAGAUACUGUAAUUUUACACUACCAUGUUACACAUCUGAGUCAUUUAUUUAGAGGUGUUCCCCCCUCCACCCCCCCAUUACAUAAAUCAAAGUUAGGGCUAUUUAUUUAUUUUUAUUUUAUGUAUAACCUGCAGGUUAAUGGAGAGUUGAGUUUUAUUCUAGUUGUUGUUGUUGCGCCAACAGAUUCCGUAGCACUUUACAAUAUUAUAAGGGGGGAAGAUUUAACUAUAAAUGGGAUAAAUUACAAGAAAAUUUACAGGAACAAUGGGUUGAAGAGGACCCUGCUCAAAUGAGCUUACAGUCUAUUAGAACAUUAGAUUUUUCUUCACAGGAAAUGAGCAAGGAGACUGUGUAUAUCUGUAGGCAUGAGCAGAAAAACCAUGCGCUGUUGGGCCUAUUUCUGGACUGAAGAAAACGUAUAUAUUUCUUGAGCCAGUGCUAGUAGCAGCUUUUCCUGGAUUAUCUAGAAAAGCUGGUACAAGUCAGCAAAAAGGAAGGGAGGGAGUUCCUUAACUCUAUAAAACGUUUUAGAAUAAUACAAUCUAAAAGCCAGUUUACAAGCACCAAUCUUUAAAGCUACUUUAUCAAAACAAAAUAUUUUAUCAGUUUAGCGAGUAAACCUUUUAACAGAGUUAUCUUUCCCGAUCAAUCUGCCUGCCAAUGGAAGACAAGAAAUAUGUUGAAACUGUCCGAUUUCUGCCAAGUGAUCUUUUGUGAUACCCUAAACAUGCUAUCUGCUAUUGUGCAAGCUUCGAGGGGGGCCUGGCAAAGUGUACUUUACUUUCCGAGAUUUUUGCACUGUAGCUAAGAAUGAUGUGAACCUAGAAUCUGUAUAAAGAAAGCGUGGGAAAGGUUUCUAAUUCAAUCCAAGUCUUGUUCAUAUGCAGAGACCUUUUUUGUUCGUACGCUGCAUCAAAAUCACAUAAAACUCAAAGCAAUGCUUCACAACCUUGGUUGCCUCCUGCAUUCUUGCCUUUUCCUUUGUACACCUAACUUUAAUACGUUGUAAAACACGCACACAUACAUCCCUUUUGACAACCAUCAUUUUAUUUUUGAACACGGGAUAAGUACUGAGUGGCCUCUUCCAGAUUACUCUAUACCGUAUAGAUUUAUACACAGGAACCACAAUUAUACUUAUGCAUUUCGAGACUAUAUAGCUUUGGAAAAUAUAAGUAAUUCUACCUAAUCUUGCCCCCAGACAGUGGGCAUGGUUGUUAUGACUGCAAUGAUAUCCUAUAUUCUCCUCAGCAAACACUUCGUAGGUCUAUGACUGUAAGAGGAAAUGAAUGCUGGAAUAUUGCCAACACUGUUUUUUCCCACACACGGGAAAAGCCGGGUUUGAUAGAGAAAUCAGCAAAAGUUAGAACAACGUUGAGGAUGUGGUGACCCUGAGCAAAGCUUAGACUAAUCAACUCUGUUUACUUCUUCUACUCUGUAUUUAGAAUUGUACAUAUCUUUAAGACCAACCUAAAUCCCAUAUGACCCCCUCGUUAUUUCCUUAAAAACCUGCUGUUUUGCACAUAACACAGAUUGGGACAGAAAAAAAAGUUUUCAAGGAGCCCUAAGCAACUUUCCAAAUAACAUGUGUUGGUGAUGGGUGGCCUCGCAAUGACGAGAUGGUUUCCUACAAUUUUCGUUCUGCAUAGUGGAGACUUUCAUUUUGCAGCUUUCUGUAGAUCCAUGAAAUGGGAACGUUUCGGUACUUGUUUAAAAGGUGGGUGGGUUUUUUUUUCUUUCUUUCAGUUAUGGCUUUUGACCAAGUUCCUCUUCAUUUUGUCAAGAAAUUCCUUCAAUAGCUAACCCCAGUGUGUUCUGUUAAAUUUCCUGAAAACCCAAAGUACAUUUUGUAUCUAUACACAGAAAUAGUUGGCAGCUGACCUGGGUCAAACGGAUGGAAGUCGCUGUCUUUUCUUGGAAGGACUAUGACCAAAACAAAUAACCAGUGUCCUACACACCUUACUAGACCAUUGCACAUAAUGUCUCUGUAAUUAGAGACCUUUUUCCUCAUGUUACCUUGCAACCUUUUCUGAGUCUAUCCUCUCAGCCAAGGACAUCGUUUCUGUAAGCAAUUGUGUAUUUAUAUGAACAUCUUCUCAAUGCAAUCACAGGGAUGCCUCCAUUCAAGACUUCAAGCCUCUAUCAAGGAUGCUGGCACGUCAUGGUACAACGCCAUAGAAAGAUGAGCCAUGUACUACAUGGCGUAUGUUUUUAAAUACAAAGUUCUGUUUAUUGUGUCUGGUAAAAGUGCUACAUGCUUUUUAUAAUCCUUUCAUCUUCGAGCUCUCCAAUGCUUUUCUACAUGGUAACACCCCAUGCUUAGCGAAUGCUAGAGGUAGGAGAAUUCAGGGAUCCUAAACAAGUUAGAGGCAAAGGGGUUUCCUCCUGCCACAGGGGUAACUUGUCUGAUUAUAUAAUAUCUGUGGCUGUAGAGGUUUAAAGUCUAUUCAUGGUGAUGGUAAAACAAUCGACCAAAUUUCACCUGUAAUGGUGUGCCUCAUAUCGUACAGUGCUAUGUCACGGUAAUGACAGCAGACAUUUUUGUAGUUGUUUGGCAGCACAAUAUGUUUAUUGCGUUGUGUGAGCUACAAAGCAAUCCCGCCUAACUUUUCAAUGACAGCUGUUAUUACCUUUUAUUAGUACAGUGACUGUGUUUUAAUAUAUUUACAGGUUUAAUGUAUGUAGAGUGUAUAAAUGUGACCGUUUUGCCAGUGGUGUUGUAAUGUCCGUGCAGACAAUGUGACCUUUACAAUUUCAGAAUCCUUUAUAGAAAGAGUACAACAAAGCAUAACAUUUUGAUGUAUUUUAUAUUUUUUUUUAAAUGUCUGAAAAGUUGUUUUGUGUGUCCAACCCAUAUAGUAUUGGUAAGCGUCUCAUGCUGUUAUUGUGUGUGUUUUUAGGUUCUCGAAGAGUCUGUAAAUGUUUGAGCAGGUUAAUAAUUGAAACCAGUUCACUGAAGGGCAAAUAAUGCUUUUUGUGAGAAGAACUUAGUAGUUUCUUACUAGGUUUUGUUUUAGUCUAGAUCAGUGCUUCCCAAACCUUUAUGGGUCGAGAACCACUUUUCAAAACGGUAAUUUUUCGAAACCCACUUGCUUUUAAUGUGUAUUUUAAAAAGUGAACACCAUGGCAAUCCGCUUUAGAUGCAUACAAUUGACACGCCAUGGCAAUCUGCUUUAGAUGCAUACAAUUGGCAUACCAUGGCAAUCUGCUUUAGAUGCAUACAAUUGGCACGCCAUGGCAAUCUGCUUUAGAUGCAUACAAUUGACACGCCAUGGCAAUCUGCUUUAGAUGCAUACAAUUGGCACGCCAUGGCAAUCUGCUUUAGAUGCAUACAAUUGGCACGCCAUGGCAAUCUGCUCUAGAUGCAUACAAUUGGCACGCCAUGGCAAUCUGCUUUAGAUGCAUACAAUUGGCACGCCAUGGCAAUCUGCUUUAGAUGCAUACAAUUGGCACGCCAUGGCAAUCUGCUUUAGAUGCAUACAAUUGGCACGCCAUGGCAAUCUGCUUUAGAUGCAUACAAUUGGCACGCCAUGGCAAUCUGCUUUAGAUGCAUACAAUUGGCACGCCAUGGCAAUCUGCUUUAGAUGCAUACAAUUGGCACGCCAUGGCAAUCUGCUUUAGAUGCAUACAAUUGGCACGCCAUGGCAAUCUGCUUUAGAUGCAUACAAUUGGCACGCCAUGGCAAUCUGCUUUAGAUGCAUACAAUUGGCACGCCAUGGCAAUCUGCUUUAGAUGCAUACAAUUGGCACGCCAUGGCAAUCCGCUUUAGAUGCAGAGAAACUGCUCUGUUUAUAAUAGGGUUAAUCCAGCCUCCAAAUCCUCUAGUGGCUGUCUCAUUGACAGCCGCUAGAGGCGCUUGCGUGAUUCUAACUGUGACACACAUUGACACAGCGAUACACACAAUGACACUUAGUUUCCCACACUCAGAUACAGACACCAAAAAACCAAAGCUGCCAAACUUGUUAAAUCUUAGGCUUCUAAGAGAUGUAAAUCGUGUGAAGUCUCACUGGGCUUGAUAUGAGAAUUAAAGGGACACUCUAGGCACUUUAACCAUUUCAUCUCAUUGAAUUGGAUAGAAAGUUUCCAGUACGGAUGUUGGUGAAUUAACAGAAAAUUGGCUCUGAUUUAUUCUCGUUCUAGUUCUCUAGGCCUGGUCACUUUGUCAUCCGCAUUCCUACAAGCCUUCCUUUUUUUCCCAGGUUAUUUCUCAUAACAAAAUUUAAACUGUGUUAUCUACGACUUUGUCCAAGUCAUUUUAUUGCCUUUUGUCCUUGGAUCAUAAUAUCUUCGUUUGGUGUUUUUGUUAAGUGUUACUCGCUCUCAUGACCUAUCGACAGUGUUUACUGUUGCUAAGAAAAUUACUAUUAUAAAUAGACAAUUCAGCUCAGCCUUAACUGAUUUCAUGUUAAGAGUCAGGUUCCUGUACCUGUGUGGUGGUUGGGUUUUGUUUUUUAAAUGUUUGUUGUUAAGUGUUGUAGCUGAUUAACUCGCAUAACCUAUUGAGAAUGAGCCGCCUCCUUUUUUUUAAUUUUUUUUAAAUUUUUUAUUCAAUUCGACAAUAAACUAAAAUCCCAGAGAACUUGGUGCUUUUGCCAUAUAGGUGCAUUGCACUGCUUUUAGGUGGAUUUGCUGUAUAGCUUUUCCUGCUUUCACUAGAUUUGGUUUUAAACUGGAGGUUUUCUACCCAAUUUGAGGCUGUGGCAAUGUCUUUUAUGCCCCGUGCCACCUAAAGCAUAAAACUGUGCAAUUUGUUUUAAAUAUGUUUAUUGUCAGCAAUAUAAACACGGGUGUUGAACUUGGUAUCAUUCAUGCAUAUAAUUGCCUACGCAGAGGCGUGCACAUUGAAAGUGUAUAUAAUGUGAGGCCGACAUAUUCCAGUUAACUCAGAGUAACACAUAGUUGCCUGCGCAGAGGCGUAUAAGUCAAAAUAAACACUCAAUGACAAAUAUUAGACAUUUAUAAGCCUUGCAGGGCUAGACAUGCAAAAGGUGGUGAGCUUGCUUGGUAUUGCGUUGUUAGGGCGUUUUCGUCAGGUAUGUAGUGGCUAUUUGGGGUGGCAGUUAGUAUCAUGUGUUCAGCUAUCGGCUCAUUAAAUGGUGUUAGUGUGGCUCGUUAAUAAUACACUGUUUUCUUCUGAGAUGCCUGUGUUUGCGUAUUUAUCCCUGUUGCCGUAAACUGCAGUGAAGGCCCAUCUUGCGAAAAUGAGUUGGAAACUGUGCAAUUUGUAAAACCAUGUGCUGUCCUUACAGGCAGAUGUGGCCCAGACACUCAACUUUGUAAACGGUCCUCUAAGUGUUGGACUUUUUUGUAGUGAUUCCAGACUUUGAAUCGUUUUGACUUUUCUAAGACUGAUCUGGUCUUGGAUAUGAGAUGAACUGGAUUUUUUUAUUUUCCUCUUUGCAGGUGUGCCGGUACGGUGGGAGCCAUCGUGACAUGCCCCCUGGAAGUGAUCAAGACACGGUUGCAGUCCUCCGCAAUUGCUCUUCAUUCGGUUUACUACCCCCAGGUACAGCUGGGAACAAUCACUGGAGGUGGAGUUGUCAGACCUGCUGCUUCUGUAUCGCCAAGUGCUCUUCAGGUUCUCAAGUGAGUAGAAGCUUCUUAAUGGAACGAAUAAGGUUGAACAUAAAUUUUUUUUUUUUUUAAGAACAUGCGCGCAUGCUGCUUUUCACACAGGCAGAGCGCGGGCAAUGGAGACUGGAGCAGCUAAGAGUUUUUAAAACAGCAAGCGAGAUACAAAUUUCUUUUGGCUUAAACCUUCUCCAGCUUGGCCAUCUUGGGCUGCAACUUGGAAUCCGCAUGUUAGUUCUGCACUGUUCGGUGGAUAAAUCCCACAGAAUGUAACUUGUGAUUGCAGUUUAGGAGUCCUAUCUCUCUCUAAAAACCUGUAAAACGUGCAUUGUGAUUGUAUCCAUGGAACCAUUAAACAUCAGUUUCUGUUUGUAUAGUGUUUGAGAAAGUACAGUGAGACAUAUUUAUUGCAAUUCAUGAGCAAGGGCUUAAUGUGGCCAUUUAUCUGGAUGGUUCCAUUACAUUCCGUACUGAUUGCAAGCAGUGUGGUUAGGUUACUGCCAAAUAAACAGGAAAUAUAUUUGUUAUAACUACAGACCCAGAGUUAACCAUUGUAGGUUACCAAACGAUGCCGUGCUGGCUGCUUUAUGGCAAAGAUUAUUCAGUUUGUCAUCUGCUGUCUUUGAAGAUAAAGAGCCAGUAUUGUAUUAUGAGCAGUAUGAUAAAGUAUUGGUAUGUUUGAUAGAAGAUAGAGUUAAACAUUAUAGACCAAGUAAGGAUACUAUAGGUAAAGGCAAUUGCAUCUUAUAAAAAGUUUCACCCUAAAAUUUUAAAAUAGUACUUUACAAAUUACAUUGUUCAUACGCGGUACAGAAAUAAUCUUCAGCAAGAGAUACCAUAGGGGGGGAAACAUACUAAAUGCUAAACGUCUUUUAUAUUUAUUUUGAGUUCCAAAACUAAAAUAAAGCAGGCCAGCAGGAAUAAUCCGUUUCACAUUGAACAAAGUGCUAUCUUAUGGUUUUGGAAAUGCAUUGAUUUUUGUUUACAUUUUGACAGUUCUCAGAUCAGAUUCUUGUUUUUUCUUUUACAGAUCAAUUCUUGAAAAGGAGGGACCAAAAUCUCUUUUCCGAGGACUGGGUCCUAACUUAAUUGGAGUGGCACCUUCCAGGUAAGUAGCGUAAUCGUAUUGUGUUGCAGCUGUAAACAUAUCUUUAGGCUUUCAAAGUAACAUGCUCAUAGAUGUCUCAUUUUAAGUAAAAUAAAUAUGUAAAUAUUAAACACACACAAAAUGUAUGCGGUUAUUUUAAUGAUCCGUUCACGUGUAUAACAACUACGUGUCUUCAGUUCAUAAAACUGGAGAUUUUGCUACUUACACGGACGAACCACAACAUAAAAACCACUGACGGUGAAGUGGAUAACAUUGAUUUAUAUUGUUAAAAUAGGACCUGUUAAGGGGUGAACAGUCAAUUCUUGAAUUUUGUGUGUUGGCAGCAGGAAAAAUGGGCAAGCAAAAAGAUUUGAGUGACCUUGACAAGGGUGAGAACAUCUCCAAAAUGGCAAGUCUUGUAGGGUGUUCCUGGGAUGCAGUGGUUAGUACCUACCAAAAGUGGUGCAAGGAAGGACAACUGGUAAACCGGCAUCAAGGUCAUUGGUGCACAAGGCUCAUUGUUGCACGUGGGGAGUGAAGCCUAGCCCGUUUGGUCCAAAUACACAAAUUGCUGAAAAACGUAAUGCUGGCCAUGAUGCAAAGUGGCAGAACACACAGUACAUCAGAUUUCUGUGUAGCUCGUACUGGUCAGAAUGUCCAUGACGAUCCCUGUCCACAGCCAAUAGCACCUUUUAAUAGUGACAUGGAUCAAGUGUAUGGCCGGGUGCAUAUGCGUUGUUUACCUGGAGAAGAGAUAGUGGCAGGAUGCACUAUAGGAAGGCAGGCUGGCAAAGACAGUGUUAUGCUUUGGAUAAUGUUCUGCUGGGAACCUUGGGUCCUGAUAUUCAUGUGGAUGUGACUUUGACACGUACCACAUACUGAGAGAUGGUUGCAGACCACAUACACCCCUUCAUGGCAAUGGUGUUAACUGAUGACCGUGGCCUCUUUCAGCUGGAAAAUUGAGUCCAUGUCUCAACACAUCCGGGCCGUUUUGGCAGCACAAGGGGGACCUACAUGAUAUAAAACAGGUGGUUUUAAUGUUGUGGCUGAUCAGUGUAUUUCUUCUGUGAUUAUUUAUUUUUUCUUUCUUCACUUGUUCUGGUAAAUGUUUGCAAAUGCCUAUAUACAGUUAGGAAAAAUUACAAAUGAGUAAUUUGUUACAUGUGAGUUUACAGAGGAAGAGGUUCUAUUUCAGCUUUCAAAAGUAAAGACAAAUAAGUCAAUGGGACCUGAUGGAAUACACCCAAAGCUAUUAAAAGAGCUUAGGGGUGUACUCGCAAAACCAUUAACAGAUUUAUUUGACCAAUUAUUGUUAACAGGAGUAGUCCCAGAAGAUUGAAAGUUGGCGAAUGUUGUGCCCAUUCACAAGAAAGGUAAUAGGGAGGAGUCGGCAACUACAGGCCAGUAAGCCUUGCUUCAGUAGUGGGGAAAGUAAUGGAAACCAUGUUAAAGGAUAGGAUUGAUGAACAUCUAAAAUCACAUGGAUUUCAAGAUCAGAGACAACAUGGGUUUACUUCAGGGAGAUCAUGCCAAACUAAUCUUAUUGAUUUUUUUUUUUAAAUUAAUUUAUUUUUGAUUGGGUAACUAAAAUAAUAGAUCAGGGUGGUGCAGUAGACAUUGCUUAUCUAGAUUUCAGUAAGGCUUUUGACACUGUUGCACAUAGAAGGCUUAUCAAUAAACUGCAAUCUUUAAGUUUGGAUUCCAAUAUUGUUGAAUGGGUAAGGCAGUGGCUGAGUGACAGGCAACAGAGGGUUGUAGUUAAUGGAAUAUAUUCGAAGCUUGGACUUGUCACCAGUGGGGUACCUCAGGGAUCUGUACUUGGACCCAUUCUCUUUAAUAGUUUUAUUAGUGAUAUUGCAGAAGGUCUUGAUGGUAAGGUAUGUCUUUUUGCUGAUGAUACUAAGAUAUGUAACAGGGUUGAUGUUCCAGGAGGGAUAAGCCAAAUGACAAAUGAUUUAGGUAAACUAGAAAAAUGGUCAGAAUUGUGGCAACUGACAUUUAAUGUGGAUAAGUGCAAGAUAAUGCAUCUUGGGCGUAAAAACCCAAGGGCAGAGUACAGAAUAUUUGAUAGAGUCCUAACCUCAACAUAUGAGGAAAGGGAUUUAGGGGUGAUUAUUUCUGAUGACUUAAAAGGUAGGCAGACAAUGUAAUAGAGCAGCAGGAAAUGCUAGCAGAAUGCUUGGUUGUAUAGGGAGAGGUAUUAGCAGUAGAAAGAGGGAAGUGCUCAUGCCAUUGUACAGAACACUGGUGAGACCUCACUUGGAGUAUUGUACACAGUACUGGAGACCGUAUCUUCAGAAGGAUAUUGAUACCUUAGAGAGGGUUCAGAGAAGGGCUACUAAACUGGUUCAUGGAUUGCGGGAUAAAACUUACCAGGAAAGGUUAAAGGAUCUUAACAUGUAUAGCUUGGAGGAAAGACGAGACAGGGGGGAUAUGAUAGAAACAUUUAAAUACAUAAAAGGGAAUCAACACAGUAAAGGAGGAGACUAUAUUUAAAAGAAGAAAAACUACCACAACAAGAGGACAUAGUCUUAAAAUAGAGGGACAAAGGUUUAAAAAUAAUAUCAGGAAGUAUUACUUUACUGAGAGGGUAGUGGAUGCAUGGAAUAGCCUUCCAGCUGAAGUGGUAGAUGUUAACACAGUAAAGGAGUUUAAGCAUGCGUGGGAUAGGCAUAAGGCUAUCCUAACUAUAAGAUAAGGCCAGGGACUAAUGAAAGUAUUUUAAAUAUUGGGCAGACUAGAUGGGCCGAAUGGGUCUUAUCUGCCGUCACAUUCUAUGUUUUAUCUAUAGGAAGACCUUGUGCUUAUCACAUAUAAUCUUGCUACACUUAUCUCUUGCAAUCUGAGCCAUAUUUCCUCAGUUUAAUGGGGUAUUCACUUAACAAUAAAAUGUGGGAGAUUGGGAAGUAGGACUGAGUUGCGAAACUAGACUAAAAUAGCUGAACAGUUGAGAUGGAGAAUUUUUCUAAAUUGGCCAAUUUGGCCUAAAAUUUUGCAGUUAGGUUAUCAGUACGCUACAAGUCACUGUUUUAUACAAUAAAUGCCAGUGUCUUCGAAGUAAGGUUUUAUUGGGCUCUCUAAACAAAUUUUGCCUACUGUGUGGAAUUUGCGGGUUUUUUUUUAUGAUUAGGCCAUGGACUAUUAAAAGUAUUUAGAAAAUUGGGCAGACUAGAUGGGCCGAAUGGGUCUUAUCUGCCAUUACAUUCUAUGUUUCUACACUGUAAAAAAACAGGAUGGUCUAGGCACUCAAGGUGCGUAAAUGGGCCAAUUUAUUUAUUUUUUUUAAACCGCAACGUUUUGACCUGGCCAAGAUCUUUGUCAAGCUCAAAACAUUGCUCUGUUCUCCAUUAUUCUGCCUAUUUACACACUUUGAGUGCUUGGACCAUCCUGUUUUGUUGUACUGUUAACCAAGGUCUAGCUGGCCUCCUGUCCAGUUAAGCACCUUGUUUGUGGCUGGUAUGCGGUAGACCUCAUGGUUUUACAGUAUAUACACAGGAAAGAACUUUGCAUAAGUCUUUGUUGCAGCACCAAUAUUUUAUACAAAAUAUUUUUAAACAAAUAUACUAUAUGGCUUACAGAAAAUAACAAAUCUAGAUGCCUUUUGUACACCUAUCUGUGAUCAAGAUAAGGCAUAUCAUGAAAAAGCCAUAUAUAAGUUGAAGGACCUUGGUGAAUACAAGCUUCUAAGCUGGAGAUCAAAGUUACUUAUUUUUCUGUUUCAUGCAGUUGUACUGAACAUCUAGUCUGCUUAUAAAAUGCUAGAUAUUUGCCAUUUAUUUUCAAAUAAAAAAUCUUUUAAAUGCAGUGACUUAUUUUAUCAACAGAAUUGUAUUCAUAAUUCUUAUAUUACAAUAUAAUUAUAAUAUUGUAUUUGUUGUGCAAAUCAUAAGUAGGGUGAAUGAUUUUUGUACUAAUAAAAUUAUCGUGGAGACAGGCUGUGCUGGCUAAUGGGAAAUGUAGGUCACGGAGUGUAAUUAAUUAGUGCAACAAUAUCCUGAUUGAGUAUAAAUAUUUUCAAAAUAAAUCUACCAUUCUGACCAGAGGACAAGGCGCUUGUUUACUCAGUGAGGAGUGUUCACUGGACAUCUGUGUUUUAAACUUUCAAGGUUAAUCAGUAACGUGAACAUUGUUGGCAAUUCAAAGUGAAUGUCCGUUUCCAGUUUUGAUAUUUUGGCUUUAAAUUUAAAACUCUCUAAAUUCCUGAUAAAUUAUCAUUUUAGUGAAAAUGUCAUUUGUUUUAUUUACUUGUAAUUCACAGGGUUGUCUAUCUUCCCCCCAACACCAACAAUACUGGAAAAGUUUGGAGAACUGAUUAGAAACGCAUUGCACAUUUUAGAAUAAAAUAGCUGAGCUGGAUUUUAAAAAAAGCGUUAAAAGCUUUCUGCCUCGAAUUACCCUAAUCGUUUAACUACACAAUGUCAGUUUUGUUUGACAAAUCCAUACAAACUGGAUUAUUAGCUAAAUCAGAAGCAGUCGGUAAUUCAAUGAAUAGUUUAACAUUUGUUGCCUAAAUUAUUGAUCAUAAAAAAAGAUUUGGGGAUGAACUAUUUUGGCCUCCAUUUAGUGAAUUACCAUGAAAGGAAUAUCUUUUUCAAGUGUCCACUUGCUCUAUGAUUUAUCAAGAAAUUGCAAUGAAAAGGUUUUCAAACGAUAGUAUUUUCUAAAUAUAACAAAGGCUCAACUUUUUUUAGACUGGAAGCUAAGAGAAAAUGUAUUGAAGUGUUGUUCACACUAUUCAAGUCUUGACACACAGAGCAGCUUAUUGCCCCAACAUGUCUGUCAUCGGUGUAUAUUGUGUAUUUCAAAUCAUCUCUUUCUUCAGGGCUAUCUACUUCGCAUCUUAUUCCAAAGCCAAGGAGCAGUUCAAUGCCAUCUUUGUUCCGAACAGUAAUGUGGUGCACAUGUGUGCUGCCGGCUCUGCAGGUGAUGCAAUACUUCUGAUAACAUUACUGUGAAUGCAAACCUUGUGUGAUCCAGAACUGUGGUUUAUUCACUAAAUAGGGAGUUGACCGGAGAAUUGCACAUUUUGAGCUAAAAUAUCCAAAUAAGGGAAAAUAAUGAAUGUAGUGUAGUGGUUUUUGUUUUUUAUUUAUCCCUAUCCCCACCCCUUCAUUUUGACCAUUUCCCAUUAGACUUCUAGAUGACAUUUGGGUUACCUUGCUAUAUGGUUAAAUUGAAGUGGAUCAGGGUAUAGCCUUCAACAGUGUAAAUGCUGCCUUUUCUGAGAAAAGGCAGUGCUUACACGGCUGCCUAAGUUCGAGUGACUUCCAGGACGAGGCCCUGCAAAGGUUUCAGGGUCUCCACACUUUGCAUACAAGGCAUGCACAUGAACCUCCCAAGCACGAAGCAUUGGAUUGGCUGAGAUCAAAACAAUUGCUAAUCUUCGCCAAGAAGGUGGACCAGCAACACAGAGACCAGUUAUGGCAAGGUCUACAAGGUGAAUAAAAAAUAUUUUCUUAUUUUUAUUAACCCUCGCGGGGGUGGUUAGAUACCUAUAUAAAUUGCAGAACACAUGGCGUUGGGAAUACGUUUGUAAACCUAUUGCUAUAGUGUCCCUAUUUCAAAAGGCUUAUUCAAUAAAUAGUGAGUUAACAUAAAUAUGUAUGUACAGGCAGGGUAACAGCUUGUUUAUCCAAUGAGAAAUUGGAUUGUAGUUUUUAGAGUCCAUCCCAUUUUCUAACAUAACUGAAAAUCCAUCUAAAUUAAGCAUUUCUUCUUCUUUUGGGUCACCCUCAGAAAGUGAAGUGUAACAGGCUGAUCUUGGACUCUGUCUCUAUUACUAUGUAAUCAGAUGCCAAUUAUUUAUAAAACUGAAAUUUGGAUGCAAGUUUCUACAAUUCACUGCUCAGUAUUUUAAGUGUAUUUAAUCUGCUCUCCAAACCACAUUGCAAUGGUUAUACAAAGCAAAGAGAUUACCUUGUGACAAGAUAUUAUUAACAUAACAUUCUGCAGUGGAUAGUUUAUUCAUUAAUUGUGGUAAUUUUUUUAUCACAACAGGUAAACUAAAGUGUAAUUUAAUAAAGCAAUUCCAGUUGAGCUAUUCGAUCUAAAAUGUGAAGUCUCCACUAUUUCCCAUUUAAUGAAUAAACCUCUGUAAAUCCUGGGGUGUCCAAAAACGUGGUCCCCAGGUACAGAACUACAAUUCCCUUGAUGCUUUGCCUGUCUUAAAGGGACACUAUAGUCACCAGAACAACUACAGCUUAUUGAAUUUGUUCUGGUGAGCAGAAUCAUUACCUUCAGGCUUUUUGCUGUAAACACUGUCUUUUCAGAGAAAAUGUAGUGUUUACAUUACAGCCUAGUGAUAACUUCACUGGCCACCCCUCAGAUGGCUGUUAGAGAUCCUUCCUGGGUCAUGGCUGCCUUAAAUGCAUCCAAACAUUCCGUAUCUCCUCCCUCUGCAUGCAGACACUGAACUUUCCUCAUAGAGAUACAUUGAUUCAAUGUAUCUCUCUAUGAGGAGAUGCUGAUUGGCCAGGGCUGUGUUUGAAUUGUGCUGGCUCUGCCCCUGAUCUGCCUCUUUGUCAGUCUCAGCCAAUCCUAUGGGGAAGCAUUGUGACUGGAUCAGGCCACCACUUCUUCUAGUUUUGGCCAGUGCUGGUUUAAUGUGUUCACUACUGUAAAGAGAAAUAUGUUUGGAGGCUGAAAGAAUCUCUCAAGGGGAAAAAAAAUGUUCUGGGAGAGAAAAAGUCAAAAGACAAAGCUCUAUUGUCCAUCACACAAUAUACCCAUAUAAACUCCUGGCCAAUGAAAUGCUCCUGAUCUGGUGAAAAACCACUGGAUUAAAAGUGUUCGUGUGAUAUAUUUAACUUUUAUUUAUUGAAGGUGGCAACAAAGCAGAAUUUGAGACUUAUUUACGUAUAUCGAGAGUAAAUAUAUACAACGUAUCAAGUAGCAUUGCAGGGAUGUAGUGACACAGAUGGAAAGUGCUGGACUGCAGCGGAAUGCGUUAGACAGUAUUGGUGGGGGUGGGGGAUACAGAGCUGGAAGGAAAGCCAUGACGCUGAGUAUGCAGAUCAGGUUGUGUAACUGCAGCCAAAUAUACUGUGAUUGCAGAGCGACACCUAGUGUCAAACCAAACACAUUACGGUCUAUUUACCAACAGCUGCAGGACAUGUUCUUAUUUAGCAAAUUACCCGCUUCAGUCAUUUCGUGUUCACCUAGGCAGACAAAGGACCAUUUCUGUGGUCCUUUGAAAUUGCCUCUAAUGUUCCCCAUUCUUGCAUAUCUAUUUGUCAGAGUAUUCCCUUAGAUCCCACACAGUCCCAUGCCCAGUACACGGUUAACAUUAGUUUAGAAAUGUGACAGUGUAGCUAAUAUGUCGUGAUAAAAGGGCAACCGAGCUAUUGAUGAACGUGAAACUGAAGUCUUGAUGCUCCUUUUAAUUAUUAAUCUAAGGGAUGGAUAUAUAUAUUAUUUAUUUUAGUGUGAUUUUGUGUGGUGGUGGUGGGGGGGUGUUCUUAUAAGAGAAACUUGUUAAAUGAACCAUUAAAGCACAGAUUUGCUCAUUUAGCUUGUAUGGUAUUGGCUUGUUUCUGUCCAUUACUAUACUGCUUAAAAUGUUUAUAACUGACCGUUCCUGUCAUGUCCUCUCACAGCAUUUGUGACAAAUACCAUGAUGAACCCAAUCUGGAUGGUGAAAACCCGAAUGCAGCUUGAAAAAAGGCAAGUACUACCCACGGCCAGACUAGAUUUCAUGUUUUAAGUGGGAUCUAAUGAUCAUUAUGGUUCAUUGUGUUCAAAACUGUUCAGGGCGUAUUUAUUCUCUUUUUUAAAUUUUUUUUAAAUUUUUUUUAAAGGAAGGGUUACAUUUUUAAAAAUAAAAAAAUGAUUGCAUGUAGUAUAAGGACUGUGUGUGAUGUUUAAUAAUCCAUACAUACAUCUUGCUCCUUGGAGACAGAACUCUUUAAAUCCACUCUGGUCAGAAUCUAAGCUUAUCAAACCAUAACCCAUGCAGGUGACUGACAUCUUAAACUGCAGAUGGUUUCUCUCGCCAAAGCAAAGUGUCUGUCCGCACAGUGCAAGGGUGACUCAGGAGGUUCACUGAAAAGUGUUUUUUCAUUGUAUGUAUUCAAAAAUAAUACAAACGCGUCAUCUGGUAAUCUUUUUAUUUCCAUUAAAUAGCAUAUGUAUAUAUAAUUUAUUUUUAUUUUUUACAUUUGUUAUGUGCAAGCUGACAAUUAUGCCGCAACCCUGUAUUUAUAAUCUGGGGAGCUGGGCAUUGGCUGAUAAAUUGGACCUAUUUUUGGAUACGUCCUGGACUUGCGUAAUUGUAGCCAACUCACAUUUUGUAACAUGAACACGAAUCUCUUGUAUCCUGCUUUCCUCAUCCUUUUAAAACCCAUUGAGUUUCUCCUUCUGUACCCCGAGACGCGAGCAAGGCAAUUGAAACCUGUAUAUUUUUUCAGAUGUGGGACUUGACAUGAAAUAUCUGUGAGGUUGGGUUAGAUCUCCCAUUUAUAUUUUAUUUUUUUACAGUCCAGUGAGGUGUGGGACUGCUGGCAAGUAUCGAAAGGAAGACUGGGUGGAUGUACGCUUUAUUUCUAGGGUUAUUGGACUUGGCAUCCCAGUUUAGGAUGCUGAUUAAGUAAAAUAUUAAAAUUAUAAUCGUUCACGUGCUCCAUAGCCAUAAACUAAGUGUAAGAACAAAUGUAUCAAUUCUUUUAAUUUAAAUUCUUAGAAAACAAGCUACAAACGUUUACUACUUGUUAGAAGUAACUUAUGUGUAUAUAGAUCUAGACAAAUUACCGUGUUAAUCUGUGCAUGUUUGAUCUGAGAUAAUUGCAUAAAUAACUGUCAUCCCUUAUUGAUGUUCUCUCUUUUUAUUUUAUUUUUAUUUUACUUUAAUAGGGUCAGAGGUUCAAAGCAAAUGAAUGCUGUUCAGUGCGCACGUUACGUAUACCAGACAGAAGGAGUGCGUGGUUUUUACAGAGGUCUUACCGCCUCCUACGCUGGGAUAUCUGAGACCAUCAUAUGCUUUGUAAUAUAUGAAGGUUUAAAGAAACAUCUGCAUGAGAUCCAUUUGACAACGUCUAAAGUUGCAUCAGGAGAGAAAAAAUAUGCCAACUUCCUGGGUUUAAUGUUCGCUGCUGCGUUUUCCAAAGGCUGCGCAUCCUGUAUUGCUUAUCCACAUGGUGUGUAUAGCUGUUACACGAGUUCCAGCUCUGCAGUUUAUAAUCUUGACCAAUAGACUGUAAAAAAUAAACUAAAAAAAAAGGCUUUUCCCUGUAAAAAAACAAAUUAUUUACUAAAUAUUAAGACCACCUUUUAAAUAAUUGACAGAAUAUAAAUCAACAAUGUGAUUUGCUUAAAUAAAAUCUCCAAAUAACUAAAUCUAAAUGCCAUACCUCCCGAUUGUCCUGCCUGUCCUUUCUAGGCACUUUAUUUGUGUAUCUUGGUGUAUAGCAAGAACUCUCCCAGGAAUGUUUUCUUUAAAUUACACUGACCCGGUUAUUUAAUAUAGUAAUUUAAAGUCAAUUAAAACCAUUUCUAGGUCAUUGCUUCCAUUUCAGCCACUCUGGCCUUACAUUUAAAAUUCACAUGAAUUUUCAUUUUAGUGAAUGUUUAGCAAUCCGUUUAAGUCAGAUUCUUUGCUCUUUUUCUAAAUGACAUUUUCAGCCCCAUAAAAGGUUGAGUAGUUGUUCCUUGUACAUUGCUUUGAGCACUGCUAAUCUAGACCAAUUUAUGCAAUUUCCUUUUUUAUAUUGUGGCCCAGACCCCUAAUAAUAAAACAAAGGUUUUAAAAUCCCAUUGAUAUGCUUUCCAUAACAGGUCUGAAUGUGUAUUUAUUUCCAUUUUACAGAGGUCAUCCGAACCCGUUUGCGCGAAGAAGGCACAAAAUACAAGACAUUUUGUCAGACUGCACGUUUGGUAGCAAGAGAAGAAGGUUACUCGGCUUUUUAUAGAGGACUCUUGGCUCAACUCAUUCGACAGAUCCCCAACACUGCCAUUGUGCUAUCUACGUAUGAACUCCUAGUCUAUCUGCUUCGUGACAUGCCCAAGUAACUGGCCAGGAUCACUCGAAGGACAAUGACCAAAUUGCAGACUUGGAGAAUGCCAUAGCCUGUAAAUAAGGCUUUCUCACCUAGCUGACAUCCUUUGCCUUUUGGAUCUUCUUUCUGGAAGGAUUAAAUUAUCAUUAACGUUCGUAGUUAAUUUGUAUAUUUUGUUACUUUGAAGUUGCAGAUUCAUGAUUCUCCCUGGAGCUGCUGUUUAGUUAAAUCAUUUAUAUUUAAUGUUCACCUGCCUGGGUUGGUAGGGUGUCCCACACAGGUUUUAUCUAAUUUAUAUCUAUAAAGAGUGUGAAACAUUCACCUCAAAUGUGUUUUGACUUUUUUUUUUCUUCUUCACCAAAACGUAAUAGAAUGAUCUUGUAAUCGUCAAUUAAUGCAUCUUUAGGACUUUACAACUGCUCCCUGCUCCCACCUCUUACUGAACUACAGCUCCAUUUAAUGCUUUGCAAUUGCAUGCGGGGAGUCUACCUGUUGAUGAUCCCAUGUGCCCUAUAGUAUGUAGGCAGUCAUGUGUGUAAACGAAAGAAACAUCCCAUCGUGCUCGGCUUCAAAUAUUCUUGAUCAGCCCAUGUACGUAAGGUAAGUGGUAUCCAUCAUUGGUGAGAAUAGCCAACUUUAAAGUGCCAGGAACAAUUCAGCCUUAGGCGAUCUGAGAGCAAGUCCAUUCUACGAAAGAGAAUAUGGACCGUUGGGAUAUUCAUUGUAAGAAGACCAAAUGAGAGAACUUUUUUCUGAUAUCAUGUGGAAUCCAUGCAGCUAAAGACCAUUAGCGUAAG